CUACCACAUGAUUGAACAUUACAUUAAAAGAUCAGAAAAGCAGAGGCCAUGUAUUUCCUUAAGCUGGCUGUUCUGCUAUUACCAGUUAUUGUAGCGCCAGCAGCAUCUCAAAACAGAUUUCAUUGCCCUGAUCGAUGCGGAAAUGUAAGCAUCCCGUAUCCAUUUGGAAUAGAGGGGUGUUACCUGAGUCCAGAGUUUCUCAUCACCUGCAAUGAUAGUCUCACUGCCAACAGUACUCCAGUGCCAUAUCUGAGGAAAUCAAAUAUUAAGGUUACAAAUAUUAGUUUAGAUGGCCGCUUGGAAAUUGUGCAGGUUGCAGCCCGAGAUUGCUACAAUAAAUCAGGAAUUCGUCAGCCAGGAUUUCGACGACGAUUUCUCACUUUGUCAAAGUUCACUAUAUCUAAAUCUCACAACAAGUUCACUGUCAUUGGCUGUGAUAGUUAUGCAUAUUUAGAUGGCUUUCGAUAUGGUAAGUUCUACAGGUCAGGAUGCAUGUCUCUCUGUGCUGAUCCUGAUCUUGUGGAUGGUAAGUCUUGCUCUGGCAGUGGAUGCUGCCAGAUUGAGAUUCCUGAUGGAUUGUACCAUGCAAAUGCCACUGCAUACAGCUUUAAAAACCAUACAAAUAUAUCGAGUUUCAAUCCUUGCACCUAUGCCUUUAUUGUAGAAGACAGCAGAUUCAAUUUCUCCUUUGAAUAUCUUGAAAAUAUACCCACAGAUAAAGAGUUUCCAAUGGUGCUUGAUUGGGCAGUUAACAAUACACUCAAACAUGCCUGUAAGGAUCAUGCAAAUAGUUAUCAGCCAGACAACAAUUCUGGGUAUCUUUGUAAAUGCCAGGAGGGUUACCAGGGGAAUCCAUACCUUGGUUGCGAAGACGUCAAUGAAUGCAAAAAUGAAAAUCAGAAUAAAUGCACAGAUAGAUGCACCAACUUGGAUGGAAGUUAUACAUGCUCUUGUCCAAAAGGAUACCAUGGAGAUGGAAGAAAAGACGGACAAGGUUGCAUACCGGAUCAAUUAUCACUAAUUAAAAUCAUUUUAGGUGUCGGCAUAGGUUUUAUUGUCUUCAUUGUUGUUAGCUCCUGGAUCUACUUGGUCUUAAGAAAAAGAAAACUCAUCAAGCUUAAAGAGAAGUUCUACCAGAAAAACGGAGGAGCCAUCUUGCAACAGAAACUUUCUAGACGAGAUGGAAAUACUGAUGCAGCAAAAGUCUUUACUGCUGAGGAGUUGAAAAAGGCAACUAACAAUUAUGAUGAGAGUAAUAUCAUUGGCAAAGGAGGUUUUGGCACUGUUUAUAAAGGAAUUGUAACAGACAACAGAGUUGUUGCCAUCAAGAAAUCUAGAACAGUUGAUCAAGCCCAAGUUGAGCAAUUCAUUAAUGAGGUAAUCGUGUUGUCCCAGAUUAACCAUAGGAAUGUUGUCAGGCUCUUGGGUUGUUGUUUAGAGACGGAAGUGCCUUUACUAGUUUAUGAAUUCAUUACUAAUGGUACCCUCUUUGACUAUAUACACUGUGAAAGUAAUGCAUCAGCCCUUUCUUGGGAGACCCGUCUAAGAAUAGCAGCGGAAACGGCAGGAGCACUAUCUUAUUUGCAUUCUGCAGCCACAAUACCAAUCAUCCAUAGAGAUGUCAAGAGUACCAACAUCCUAUUAGAUGCUAAUCAUGCAGCAAAAGUUUCUGAUUUUGGAGCUUCAAGGCUGGUUCCAGUAGAUGAAAAUCAGUUAUCGACAAUGGUGCAAGGAACUUGGGGAUACUUGGAUCCAGAAUACUUGCACACAAAUCAAUUGACUGAUAAGAGUGAUGUUUAUAGCUUUGGAGUAGUCCUUGUUGAGCUACUGACGAGCAUGAAGGCGCUUUGUUUUGAUCGGCCUGAGGAGGAUAGGAGUUUGGCUAUGUACUUUCUUUCUUCUGUGAGAAAAGGAGACUUGUUUGGGAUUCUUGAUAGUCGAAUUGUAGAUCAGAGAAACAAAGAACAGAUUGAGGAAGUGGCCAAGGUAGCCGAAGGGUGCUUAACAUUGAAAGGGGAGGAGAGGCCUACUAUGAAGGAAGUCGCAGUGGAAUUAGAGGGCCUGAGAAAGAUGGAGGUUCAUCCAUGGGUUCAAGUAAAUCAGGGGGAGACAGAGUACUUGCUUAGCGAGCAAUCCAAUGAUCUUGGUCAUGGUGAUUACGAUAGCAUGAAGGAUCAAGUAAUUCUCUCAGUAGGUCGUGGUAGAUGAUGUUUUGCAUUGUGCGUAUUUUUAUUUUAGGUUUAUUACCAAUUCUCUCCAUUAAACCAAAGAAAAUGAUAUCAGAUGAAAUAUUGUUAUAGGCAAAACUCAUUAACUUUUUUUGUAUAAGAAGUGCAUCCCACCUCCUUAGAAUUAUCAUUAAUGAGAAAAAUAUUUCAAUUAUUUUGCAAAA